AUGCGGAGUGCUAUAGUCGUCUCCAUGGUCUUGACUACGGGCCGUGUUGCUGGUUUGGAAGGCUUGAGCAUCGCACCACCAGGCUGUGCCAACCGUUGCAUGAUCGACAGCAUGUACAUCACCCAAUGUCAGGAUAUUGAUUGUCUCUGCCAUGAGGACCACUUUCAAAAGUCUCUUUUUCAAUGCCUGUACUCGCAAUGUGAUUCGCCCGACUACGGUUCCGCACUGCUGCACAGCAUGAAAACCUGCAUGGCGACUGGGGCCGAAAUCCAGAUGAUGGGUCUCCCGACUGUCACGGAGCAGCUCAACAGCCGUGAGGAUGACUAUCUCGCCGGCCGAGAGCUGCAGGACAUUCCGGGUCUCCAGUUACGUCAAGACAGCGCCGGCCCCAAUGUAGCUACCGUGUGGCAGACAACAACGGUCUUUGCGACGACAACAAUGACCGCUCCCUUGCCAGUCUCUAUCGUGACGCCCUUUCCUGGCGCCAGCGGCCGGGGACCAGCGGUUCAGCAAGGGCCCGGGCCUAUGACGAGCUUUUUCGAUACCAACAACACGCAGGCUCAACCCACAAGACCCUGGAUGGUCACAGUAAGCGAGACGGGGAGGCACCGACCUUCGUACCUUGCACUUCUUCUUUGGACAGCGGGCUUGUUGGUGCUGGAUUAUGCUCAUGGUAAUCAAUGA